AAAUGGAGCACACACACACUCUCAUGAAAAUGUAUCUAUAUACGCACACAAGUGCAUAUAUAUAGUAUAUAUGCAUCAGAGAUCAACAGGAAUUAUUCAUCAACAGCUAGCCGGGCAGAGUUCCAUCAUGUUGAUCUAUGAUGCUGUUGCCUUCUGCCUUCUGCCUCCUGCCCUCUGCCUUCUGCCUGCUUCCUCUUCUUCUUGUGUUCGCCAAGUUAUUUUUGUAAUGUUUGGUUUUAUUUUUGGUACGCUCGUUUAUUUCCACAAAAAUAUAGCAAAAAGUCCAAGCACACAUAUUGCCCAUAUAAGAAAACGAGCCCAACCUAUAGGGAGGAAGAGAUUUUUCUGAUUUUCCAAUACACUCAAACGUUCGGUGCGAGUCUCUGUGUGUGUGUGAUAUUUAGACCUGACAGGCGGAGAUUUGCAAAGGUACAACAGUAAAUGGUCGUGCAAUGAACUUUACAAAUAUUAUAUUUUCAUGGUUUACUUAAAUUUUUCAUAAACAAUUUAAAGUUGUAAAAAAUCAUUUGUUUUCUCAACAAAAUCUGAGGUCUAAAAUGAAAUUGGCAUUAGAAAACCAACUGUUUACAUAGCUGAUUCAUGGCAAGAGGUAACACUGUACCAUGCACAUCUAGCUAUAUAUAUGUGUGUGUGUAUAUAUAUACUUUUAUAUAUCAUGUUUUAUACACUACAACUACUGUGCGCCAAUUUACGUGCGUUGUCGUCUUUCUUGCUUGUUUUUGUUAAAAAUAAAAACAGAUUUCGAACAGAGAGGCACACACUGGCAGAGGCAACUAGCUAAGCGAGAUCUAUAUACAAUAUAAAUGUAUAUGUGCAUAUACAUUCGUAUGCAUACGUAUAUAUAGAGAGAUGUACUUUCGUACAGCCAGGGCCGUCACUCACUUGGACACAUGUAGUCGCCCCAUUGGGAUGCGCUCGUGCUCCAGCAGCUCUCCAACACCACGCUGAUUAUACCUAUAUAUAGGGCAAGGUAUUGCUGGAUGGGCAGGCGUUAACCGUUAACCAGGAAUUGGCAGGCUGAUCUGUUUUGCUUUGGUCUCAGAAACGGCGCCGCAAUCAGUGAGCUCAUUGCUGCAUACGAUCUAUAUACAUAUAUAUACGUAUUCAUAUAUAUAUAUAUAUUUAUAUAUAUCUGUAUGUGGAAUGUCGAGUGGCCCAGCAUAUGUGCCGCUGAUUCAGGUGUAGUCAAUAGUUACAUAUAAUACAUAUAUAUAUAUAUUCAUGUAUAUAUAUCUGCUACAAGCACAAAUCGCAUCGAGCGCCAAUGUGCAGGGUGAAGGAAAAUAGUUUUUCCUUUUCUUAUUGUUUGUAGUUUGCCGUUGUUGUUGCUGUCGUUGUUGUUGGCAACUUGCUGAACAAUUAAUAAGUCAAAUCGAAACGAAACGACUAAUUGCAUUUGCCAAAAUGCCAAUGAGGCAUUGACAUUGAGCGUACACCCUGUCCCCCCAGACCAAACCCAGACCCACCGUUCGUACUGUGGCACCCAACCCCGAGAAAUGUAUCGAGCGAUCUUCAAUCUUCACAGGGCUAUCGAGCAGGUUUCUUUAUUGCAAACGCCAGCAGAGUCGCGAGUCGCGUCGAGCAAGUCGAACCUAACGCAAUUCAUUCACAUUAGGUUUGAUGAUAUAGCCCAGUGAAAAGUUAGAUAACAGAUUCAGAUAGUUCGCACCACUCAUAUAAAUAUAUAUCACACACAUAUAUAUAUAUAUAUAUAUAUCGCGAUUACUGGCAGCCCCGCGAUGUCUGUCGAACUUAGCGAACUGAUCGCACUCAGCUGCCCGGACUUGACUGCCCAACCGGACGGCAGUGGCCAGAUCCAGUUGAUGAUCAAUUCGGAGCGACGCCUGAGCAUCAAACAAAUGACGGCCACGGAGCUGGCCAAUAUGCGUGCCGCUGCUGCCGCCGAGGCCGAGGCACGGGCUCGUGCUGAAGCCGAGGCCAAGGCACGAGCUUUGGUUGAGCAGCAGGCGAGCCUGGCCGCUGAGGUGGUGGCUCAGGCGCGAGCUCGUGCCGCUCUUGAGGCUGAACAGCAGCUGCAGCGUGCCAGGGAGCAGCAGCAGCGUCGUCAAGAGGCAGAUCAACAGAGACAGUCGGACGCCACGCCCAGCCCAUCGCCCAAGGGCGUGCUGCCGUCCAUUGAGGCGCCGCGCGAUCGCAUCACUUCACUGCCCAACAUCCUGGAUGAUGCCAUGGAAAUGCAUUUGCUGAACGCAGCCGAUGGCGGCGGCGGCGGCAACUCAGACGACUCCUCGCCCACCAAGAGCACUUCGCACCUGGCCGACUCAAUUGAGAUGCUGCGAAUGCAGCGGGCAGCUCGCGCGGCACGCUCCAAGAAUCGCAGCCGAGAGCGGAGCAUCUCGCCGGCGGCCGCACGUCUUCAUGAGAGAAGCGCAGCACCCGACCGCCUGCACAGCUCCAGCAUCAGCAGCAUGGACUCGGCCCGCGCCAGUGGCAGCCGUCGCGGCAGCACGGCCAGCGCCAUGAGCAGCGAUCCGGCUGCGGAGCUGGCAGCGCCGCCCAAGUUUCCAAUCUCCAAGACGGUUUCGGUACCGAACAUGAGUCGUCGCCGGAGCAGCUUGACUGCACUUUUUCCGGGACCUUCGCCGUUGGUGGCGCCCGAACCGACGCUGCACACCAAUCCUGAGGCGCCGCCGGAAACGGAGGCGCCCGGUCGGGGCGGCCAGGAGGAUGGAUAUCGUGAAAUACCCAGCGGCAAAAUGGUGCAUCGCACAAAGACUCCGCCGCCAGUAGGCGCCAACCUGGGCGUAUGCCUCAAGCGGGUGACAGCGCCAAGCGGUUCGGUUACCAUCAAACCCAAGGACUCGCCCAUGCUGGGCGUGGUGCUGCGCAAGGUGGAGAAAAAGACGGUGCCCCAAAAGAGUGUGCUGGACGAUGAGAAGCCGCUGUAUCAUCUCUCGAUUGUGCGCAGCGAUAACAAGGAAUACAAACCGGCGCCCAAGCCAAAGCCCAAACCAGCGCCGCCGGCGGUGAAGCCAUCGCCGGGUGGCAUUCUGACCGGGCCACAGGUGGUGCGCACUGUUAACCGACCGGCGGCAGUGGCCAAGCCGCAGCGACCACAGCCUGGGGUGCCAGUGACCAUAACGAAAAUCGAGGGCGAUAAGAUAAUAAUAAUCAAAAAGAUAAUUGUGCCGAAGAACAGUAAGAUACCGGAGCAGUAUCUGCAGGUUGUUGUUUAAAUGAGUCAAGAUGCUGGCAAAGCCGUUGCCGUCAAAUCAACCCAGUUGGAGGCACAGCCCCCAAUGGGCGCCGCUGCCUGCCCCAGCGUCAACGCAGUGAAGCCCAGCGAAGAGGCAUUCGUGUCGUCGUCGUCGUCGCCGUGUAUCAUGCAAAAGCCAACACCGCCGCCCGCGAGCGGCCAACAGUUCUUUCAGGUCGUGUCGCCGCAGUUCGCGUCGGUGCUCUCGUCCAGCUUGCCAGAGACCAAGUGUGCGGUGCGCUCGCCCAUCUCAUCGCCGCUGGCGCUGCGCAAGAAUCGGCCGCUGCUGCCCGCCAGUCCGAAGUCGACGCCACCGCUGCCGCGCAAGCAUCACACCAUGGCCUAUAAUGCGGCCACGGGAGCCAUCACGACACCCGCCCGCCCCAUGGCCACCAUAGCCAGCAGUCCAGUGUCCAGUAUAUCGCUGUCGUCGUGCAGCUCGCCGUCGUCGUCGCCGCCUCCGCCGCCGGUGCCGUGUCGUGCACCCAAGCAAAAGGCGAACACGAGCCAGGGCAAGGUUCCAGGCGAGAUCGACUUGGAUAAGCUGCUGCAGCAGCAACAACAGCUCGAGGAGAAGUCGGCGGCGGCCACCAGCAGCGCCAAGCUGGAUGCCAAUUUCUAUGAUGCCGAGAUCGAAAUGAUGAACAAGUAUUUGAAAAGUCUGCCCGACUACAGCGAGCUGGAUCGCAAGCUGCAUAAGGAGUUCCAGGAGUGCGAGGAUCUCUAUGACCGGCUCAAGCGCCAGCAGCAACAGCAGCCCCUAACCAAAUCCAACUCGCAUCAGUCUGUGGCGGCCAAAACUGCAUUGCCAGUGGCUGCCGGAGGGCUAUCGAAAUCCUCCUCGAUCAACUUCGCCAACAAUCUGACCUCCAGUCGGGCACCUCGGCUGGCCUAUCCCUCGAUCUUCGCCCAGUCCAAUGCCAGCGAACAGCCCAAGUUGCAGCGCAGCAUAUCCAGCUCCAACAUGCCCCUGGGCACGCCCAGUUGCGGCCCGUUGCGCCCACAAGAAGCGCCAAAGAGCGGACUGCAUAGCGACUCGAAUCUGUCGCUCAACAAGCAGCUGAUGAACGACUUCUGGAGCGAGAAUCUUUGCAGUUCGAGCAAGCGUCAGACGCCGAAGCGAACGUUCUGGAACUAUGAGAAGAUCUGCGGUGCCCAGCUGGGCGAUGCUGGGCAGCCCUUCAAGGUGGAUGCCAAAACGGCCAAGAAGCUGGCCAUAUUUGAUCCCACAGUUGCUGAGGCGGCGCAGAAGGAGCUGCAGAAGCAGCAGCCGAUCCAGCAGCAACCGCAGCAGCAGCAGCAGCCACAGCCACAUAGCCAUCGCCUACAGAAGAACGCCUCGUUGUCGCACUUGGAUCUCAAGGUCAGGCAGGCCGUGACCAAAGACGAUCUCUACAAGCUCAUUGUAUGCAGCGAACAGUCGCCCACGUCAGCAGCGACUGCGUCGACGACAACGACGACGACGUCAACGCCUUUCACCAGUCGCGUGCCCGUCAAGCAGCAGCAGCAGCAGCCGUUGCCAGCUGCUCAACAGCUCAACAAGAGCGUCUCCAUGACGCACGUUUCCGGCAUUGCGACGGCAGCGACGCCGUUGCUGCGCAGCUCCAGUCGCACGCACAUACCCUGCUACAUGAAGCAUCUGCCAUCGCUCAGUCGCAGCACAUCCAACUCGGCGAUAUUGCUGAGCACACCAGCCACAGCGGCAACAACUGGGACGACGCAGGCGCGCAAGGAGCCGCCUACAGUGAAGCAGCAGCAGCCACAGCCACAGCAGCAGCAGAAGCCAAAUGCUGGCGUGCUGAAGAGCUCCAGCAGCUCUUGUGUGCCGUCACCACGUUGUGCCGCUGCGCUGUUUCGCCGGCCCACGGAGCCAGCAAAACAGACUGGCAUUGGUGCUGCUGCGCCGUCGCCAUUGACCACGCCCAUUGCGGAGGCAACGAAUGAGACGAGCGGCUCGCUGGAGCGCAAGUCGGAGAAGAGCAACAGCACUGUGAGCAGCAGCAGCUUCACUGUGACCAACUGCUGCACCACGCAUCUGCCGCAGCUCUCAAAGUUCACCUCAUCCUUUCACAUACCCUCCACAGUUGAGCACAAUGCCAACUUAGAUCAGCCAGCAACAGCAUCAGCUGUUGCAGCGCCAACAACAACAUCAGCAGCAGCAGCACCGGCAGCAACAACAUCUACAGCAGCAACGACAUCGGCAGCGACAAAGCGUCAAAAAGACGUCGACAACAAGUUAGAGAAAUGUCUAAAUGACAUGCUAAAGCUAAAGAGCAAUAACAACAAUGCAAUUAUGUCACAAUCGCUGACAGCUGAACACAAAGAGGAAAGCAGCGCCGGCAGCAGCAGCAACAACGCCACCAAAAUCGCCAGCGAAUCGCAAAUACCCGUGCCAGUGCAGCUGUACGAUCCGCAGAAGCCGCUAAUGCAGCAGCAGCAGCAGCAGAGGAUGGCAUAUCCCAUAGGCAAAUCCAAUUCUACGUCGCAGCUGCCGAUGGGCUAUCAGCGUCUACUGCAACAGCAACAUCAGCCACAGCAACAACAGCAGCAACAGCAGCAGCAGCAACAACAGCAGCAACAGCAGCAGCAACAACAACAACAUUAUCCACAACAAAAGCGUCCAUUUUUAAACUGGAACUCGUUUGCCUGCUCAGUCAUGAACGGUAGCAGCGAUCCCUUCCAGCAGCACCAACACCAACAGCAACAUCAGCCACACAAGCUGCAGCAAUCUUAUUCCUCGUCGCAUGUGGCCAAACAGGCGCCCAAGUCCAGCUCCGGCCUAGCCAUGUUCCUGCAGAAAAACACCAACAAGGAGAACAAAUUCGGGCAGCCCCAAGCGCAGCAGCAGCAACAGCAGCAGCCCCCAUUGGGCAUGGCGCCGCAGAUGUAUGGCAACAGUUAUCAGGCACUCAUCAAUAAUGCAAAGCCCGUUUAUCCGCGGACCGGCGCUGCACCGCUGACCCAUUCGGCGUCCUUCAGUGCGGCGCAGCGGCCCAGCAUGAUGCAGCCGCAUAAUUAUGGCUACGGCAUGAUGAGUCGCAACUAUUACAAUCUGCCCAAGCAGCAGCAACAACAACUGCAGCAACAGCAGCAGCAGCAGCAGCAACCACAUGAGCGUAAACCACUGCAAACCUUCGAUCCGUAUUCGUAUCUCAAACCUAGUCAGAGCCAACUGAUGCACCCGGUCAAGUACCAGGUGCAGUCCCAGCCUCAACCACAUCCGCAUACGCAGUAUCUGAACGCUUCCGUUGGCACGUCUGGCGUCGGUGCUGGCGGUGCUGCGCUUCAAUACGAUCCAAAUACAAAUACGCAAUUGUUUUAUGCAUCGGCGGGUAUGCAACCACAGGCAGCGCAGCCACCGCACCAUCAGCAGCAGCAGCAGCAACAACAGCAACAACAACAUCAGCAGCCAAUACAACAAAGCAAUUCUGUCAUAUUCAGCCAUACAAAACAACAACAACAACAUCAACAACAGCAGCAGCAGCAACAAAAUGAAAUGUCCAAGUCCAUUCUGGGCCAGCAUUUCAUCGAGACAGCAAAGCCCGUCAUUCAAGAUGAUGCUGAUGGUCACUUAAUAUACCACAACGGAGACAUUCUCCAUCACAGAUAUAAGAUCAUGGCCACACUGGGCGAGGGCACUUUCGGACGUGUGGUCAAGGUCAAAGACAUGGAACGUGAUUUUUGCAUGGCCUUGAAGAUCAUCAAGAAUGUUGAAAAAUAUCGCGAGGCAGCCAAACUGGAGAUCAAUGCCUUGGAGAAGAUAGCACAAAAAGAUCCGCAUGGUGAACAUCUGUGCGUGAAAAUGAUUGACUGGUUUGACUAUCAUGGACAUAUGUGCAUAGUUUUUGAAAUGCUGGGUCUCAGUGUUUUCGAUUUUUUGCGCGAGAAUAACUAUGAGCCAUAUUCUCUGGACCAAGUGCGUCACAUGGCUUAUCAAUUAUGCUACUCAGUUAAGUUUCUGCACGACAAUCGUUUAACGCACACAGAUCUCAAGCCGGAGAAUAUACUGUUUGUCGAUUCGGAUUACACAUCUCACUAUAAUCAUAAACUUAAUCGGGAAGUGCGUCGCGUCAAGAACACAGACGUGCGUCUAAUUGAUUUCGGUUCGGCCACCUUUGAUCAUGAGCAUCAUAGCACAAUUGUCUCGACGCGCCAUUAUCGUGCGCCGGAGGUGAUAUUGGAGCUUGGUUGGUCACAGCCUUGCGAUGUUUGGUCUAUCGGUUGCAUUCUGUUUGAGCUGUAUUUGGGCAUUACGCUGUUCCAGACGCAUGACAACCGCGAGCAUCUUGCCAUGAUGGAGCGUAUCUUGGGACAAAUUCCAUAUCGCAUGGCACGCAAUCACACUCUUUAUAGCAAAACCAAAACAAAGUACUUCUAUCAUGGUAAGUUAGAUUGGGAUGAGAAGUCCAGCGCGGGACGUUAUGUGCGGGAUCAUUGCAAGCCCCUGUUCCUUUGCCAACUGAGUGACAGCGAGGACCACUGCGAGCUGUUCAACUUGAUCAAGAAGAUGCUGGAAUACGAGCCCUCGUCGCGCAUCACGUUAGGUGAGGCUCUGCGACAUCCGUUCUUUGAUAGGUUACCACCGCAUCAGCGCCUUGGCGAAAUGAGCAUCAAUAAGCAGCCACUCUCGUCCGGCAGUAGCAGCCGCGAGCGCUCUCACAGUCUGUCCAGAUGAGAAUUACAGCGAUUUGGUUAUUGUUGACAACAGCGACGACGACAUCAACGUUAUUCAACACACACAACUACAAACAUGCGUACACACACAGUGCGAAGAGUCUUCAAUCAACGUAAUGCAACACAUGAUUGAGCAGCAGACAAGCGGCAGCAACAAUAGUAACAAUUAUAACUACAAUAAUAUUAAUAUACUAACGGCGAUCCGUAAUUUAAGUUCUAAAGUCUUAUUUAGAAAUUUUGUAACUUGACUUGUAUAGAAGGACAUUUCUACACAAAAAUAACCCAGAAUUGUUAAGUAUAUAUGUGUGCAUGCCGCACGCUCUGCUCAAUUUGAUCCUGUGCAUUGUCUCAUCCCAGCCGCCAAUCGUGUUUUGUUUUGUAAUGAUAACCAAAUCGUGCAUAAUAUAUUUAUAGUGCGUCCUCCUAGCCCGAUACCGACGCCGCCAAACCCAAAUACCUAAAUGUAAAUGCACACAGAAAUGUGCAUACUCUUCACUUGAGAUAGAUAAAGAGACCUCCCCCAACACGACUGCAUUGCUUAAAGAAAACUAAACUACAAAUGUAAAUGUACUAUAUAAGAAAUCAAUCGAUAAAGCGCUAGUUGAAAUGCAAAUCCAUGCGCAAGCUGUCAAUUGCCAUGGACUUGCUUCUAAUCUGUAAUUAAUCUAUUAUUUUUCGAGUGCGUGAGUUGUAAGCUAAUGCAAGUCUUUACACAUGCAUAGCUAGCCCCACAUGUAAGCUUGUAUGUGUAUGGCAAUAUCAUAUGUAAAGAUCGAUUCGUAUGACACCUCGCCCCGGAGGGUGCCACAAGCAACAAAAAAAAAAAAAACAAACGCUGCAUUGUUUGCAAUUCUUUGUAUAAAUUACUUAGUAGCCAGAGUCAUUUUCUCCUAGGUUAUGUUUAAUGUGUAGAAUCGGCGCUGUUCACAUAUUUUUCCAUCAAAGUACGCCCAAACAAUACCAAUACGAUAUACACAGACACACACACACACAUACACAUUUAUAUAUAUUUAUAUGGAAAAAGAAAGAGCAAGAACACUAGAAAGUGGGGAAUGCAUGAAGUAUAUAGACACAUAUACUAAACAUACUUAAUUCAAAUGAUUGUGAGUUAGUUUAAUAUUACAUAAAUAUUAUUUUUAAAUUACAUUAUUUGCAAUUAAUUAACCCCAUCAACCAGCAUAUAAGAUAAACAAAACAAAAAAAUACAACUAUUAUUGUCAAGUUAUUUAAAGUGAAAUAAAUUUUUAAAAAUAA